CGCGACUUCCGGCCGGGCCGCCAUCUCGUCGUGAGACAGCACUAGCCGUGCCGCGCGAUGUCGUCCGCAGUCUCGUCCUGGGGUUGCGGCGGGCAGCCGGAGAUGGAGGCGCUGGGCGCCGCGGGUCCCUGGCGGCUGCGCUUCUCGCCCUACGCCUUCAACGGAGGUACUGUAUUGGCAAUUGCUGGUGAAGACUUUUCGAUUGUUGCUUCUGACACUCGGCUCAGUGAAGGCUUUUCUAUUCACACUCGGGACAGCCCCAAAUGUUACAAGUUAACAGACAAAACAGUCAUUGGAUGUAGCGGUUUUCAUGGAGACUGCCUUACCCUGACAAAGAUUAUUGAAGCAAGACUGAAGAUGUACAAGCAUUCCAAUAAUAAGGCCAUGACAACGGGGGCCAUUGCUGCGAUGCUGUCUACCAUCCUGUACUCAAGGCGCUUCUUCCCAUACUAUGUCUACAACAUCAUCGGUGGACUCGAUGAAGAAGGAAAGGGAGCUGUGUACAGCUUUGACCCAGUAGGCUCCUACCAGAGAGACUCCUUCAAGGCUGGAGGCUCAGCCAGUGCUAUGCUGCAGCCCCUGCUCGACAACCAGGUUGGUUUCAAGAACAUGCAAAACGUGGAGCAUGUGCCAUUGUCUUUGGACAGAGCCAUGAGGCUGGUGAAAGAUGUCUUCAUUUCUGCAGCUGAGAGGGACGUAUACACCGGGGAUGCCCUCAGGAUCUGCAUUGUGACCAAAGAGGGAAUCCGGGAGGAGACUGUUCCCCUUCGGAAGGACUGAUGAUGGGCUGUCCCGGGGGCUGUUGGGCAAGGUCUUUUUAUUGUGAAAGAACCCUAAAGUACCUGUUCUGUUAAAAUGUGCUUUAUCUAAGGAGACAGAUUUAGAAAGUAGAAUUUCUUCUUUCAUUUUCUUCAUUCUCCCCACAAUUGCUGUCAUCCAGAGGUGUUGCUGAAUUUUCCCUCAUAUUUAUCAGCAAGGAAUUUGGAGAAAUCUAUCUUAUUGGCUAGCUUAUCUUAGGAACUGGGCUCUUGGUGUUUAUUUAAGUUUACCCACUCACCUGAAGGAACUUUUAAGACACUUUUUUUUUUUUUUUUUGCUGUGCUGGGGAUUGACCCCAAGUCCUCAUGCAUGCAAGGCAGGCACUCUACCUCUAGGCUACAUCCCGAGCCCCUGUAGGGAUCUUUAAACUGCCCAGAAGGGAUGUUGUUUAUCAGGGUUUUAUUAAAACUUCAAUGUAUAUAAGUGAUAUAGCUUAAAAAUUUCAUGCCUGGGACUAUCAAGCAGGCAAUCUGAAAAGGCUGUGCUGUAAAAAAAAAAAUCUUGAACCAGAAUUUCUUAAAAAUUGUAAAAGUGAGAAACCUUUCAUGUGGGCUUUAGCCAGAAAUCUGGGAUAAUUUUUUUUUUUUACCCCAGAUCUUAUUAAAUAACUAUUUGGCUAAUAAUUAUAAAAACUUUAAAUAGUAAUCCCAAGUAGUAGAAGGCAAUUUUGGAGUAGUCUCACAAGUGCUUUGGUAAUGUUACAAUAGAGAGAAGGCUCGGGUAGAGCUAAGUGGUGGAGUGCUUGCCUAGCAUGCCACAGGCCCAAACCUAGAAUCCCAGUAUCACAAAGAGAGAGGGGAUCCUAGGUUUUGAUAGAGCUAAAGACUUUUUUGUCUGAGAACUGUAAAGUGCAUUUUAACUUUGUUGUUAUUUGGUGGUUUGGUUUUUUAUUAUUGUUUUGGUACUAAGGAUUGAACCCAUACAUCCCCCAGCCCUUGAUAUUCUUUGAGACAGGGCCUUCCUUAGUUGUAUAGGUUGGCCUUGAACCUGUAAUCCUCCUGCCUCAGUCUCCCAAAUUGCUGGGAUUACAGGCUGCAACACUGCACCCACCCAGUUGUUGAACAGUUUUACUGUGCAGUUAACCUAGGUGCUGUGACAGCCUGUGAUAUGAUGGGGUUCUUACAAUGUUGGUUGAUAUUAGGAACCAGUUUCAUUUAUUUUACCUUUUGCUAAAUAGAAUUUGAUUCAGAUUACCAAAAACUCUUGGUAGAUGCAUAUUAUAAACAUUCAUCCUACAAACGGGUCUGGACUGGUCUGCACAAGUACUGGCAUACAGCAGGAAGGUUUUGUUUGCAUUUCUCUUCCAUCAUAUUGUAGCUCUCCAGAGAGACAGAGCAGUGGGAUGGAUGUACAUUGAGACUUACUAGGGGAACUGGCACUUGGUUACAGAGCCUGGGAAAGUCCCACAAUAGGCAUUUUGCAUCCUGGAGAAGGCUGGGGCGCCAAGCUCACCCAGUCCAUCUGAAAGAGCUUGGGAGUCUGACGUUCCAGCCCCAGAGAGGUAUAUUUCCCCUUGCCGCCUUCUUGUUCCCUCAGGGCCCCAUAGGAUGGUGCGCCUGCAUCCAUGGUGGAUCUUCCAUACCCAGCCUACCACAGAGCAGUGCUUUGCCAGCCCUGCAGAUUCCCGUUAAACUUUCAGGUUGGCACCUGAUGUCAGCAUUCAAGAUCACAGUUAAAAACGGUGGACUUACAUGCAAAAUACAUAAUUGUCAUCUUUAUAUAAACUAGAUCUAUUUUAUUCUUUGUCCAAAGUAUUUCCCAUUGUUCGGGAUUCGGUUUUUCACUAACUUAAAUUCCAUUAAUCUGUAUGUCUAGAAUUUUCUGUAAGAUCCUCACCUACCCCUGUUGCCAGGGGAGUUCUAUGAAUUGAGUGGGAUCAGUGGCCUAUAAUUGUGCUUGUUGAUGUCUUCUUUCCACCUUCCCAGGUCACACUCGCCUAGCUGUCUUGUAGCCUCUGGAUGGCUGCCAUGCUGUGGUUCAUGGGUGCUGGUAGAGGUUCCCAAGCCCAGAUGAUUUGGGUGACCUUUAUGGUGACUCAGCCUCAUUCCUUACUUGAAAAGGGAGGCCUUGUAGCCUUGAGUGAAGGUGAGAGGGGCAGUUCACCUACAGCCAAUGCUGAGGUCAUGCAGAGGCUGGUCUGCCAACCAGAGGCAAUGUGACAACUGCUGAGGGAUGCUGUCCACCAUGGGAGGUCUUAGCCUUGCUCCCUGCCCACUGCUCACUAUGGGAGGUGUUACCCUUACUCUCUGCUCAUUGUGAGAAUUUGUAGUCAUUACUCCUUGCUUCCAGGCUGACUUUGGAUACAUAGAUGUAUGCUGAUUAUCAAGCAGGAUAGAAAUGUACUCUCUAGAUCUUAAGAUGAGCUGAGCCUGUGAUGCUCAGAUGUGCUGAUCUUGAGCCUGGACAUUUCUUACAACUGCAGGCCUGAUCUGUGCAGGGGCCCACAGCGCAGCUGAGCAGAAUAUGACAAGUCAGCAGGAAAAUGGUCUUUUUAAAUAUAUAUAUAUUAGUUUUAGGUGGACACAAUAUCUGUAUUUUAUUUUUAUGUGGUGUUGAGGAUAGAACCCAGUGCCCCCGUAUCCCAGCUGAGCACGCUACCGCUUGAGCAGCAUCCUCAGCCCCAGAAAAUGGUCCUUUUACCAAGGGUCUCAGUAAUUACCCUGGUAGGUUUUUUUCCUACUUUCCUGUACCUGUUACCCAGGUGAGACCUUCAUGGCCCAGGAGUAUAUAUAUGUUAAUGCGCUUUGACUCUCAGUCUUCCUUCCCUAAAUUCACACCAGUUACAAGGGUGCUUGCUCAGAACCAGGUCCUGGGCUAUCCCUGACAUGGGGUUAGGGCAUGAAAAUCUCCAUUUUUAAAAUGAAAUACUCAGGUGUAACGAUUUGGAUGAAAGCGCCCCCAAAAGUUCCUAUUAAUGCAGGCAUAUUCAGAGGCAAAAUGAUUGGAUAAUGAUAGUUUUAACCCAAUAGUCCAUCCUAAUUUGAAUGAACUAACUGGGUGAUAACUAGGCAGGUUGGACAUGGCUGGAGGAGGUGGGUCACUGGGGAUGUGCAGGGAAAAUGCAUUCUUUCAAGGAAUUUGGACAAAUCUAUCUUGGCCAUCUUAUCUUAGGAUCAGAGCUCUUGGUAUUUAUUUUGCUCACCUGAAGGGACCUUUAAGGCAGUUUUUUUAGGGCCUCAUGAGUACAAGGCAAGCACUGUACCUCUAGGCUAUAUCCCCAGCCCCUGCAGAAACCUUUAAACUGCCCACACGGGACCUUGGAAGAACGCAUCUUCCCUGAAGCUCCUUCCCUUCCCUCUGCUUCCAGGCUGCGGUAAGCUAGGCAGCUUUCUUCCACCAUACCCUUCUGCUUUGAUGCUCACCUUGGGUCCAAAGCUAUAGAGUCUGCCAACCAGGGACUAGAACUCUAAAACCAGAAAAUCUCUGUGAGCCAAGGUGAGCUUUUUCUCCUCUUCAUUCCUCUCAUCAGGUAUUAUGAUCCCAGCAAUGAAAAACCACCUGAUACACAAGUGCUCGCUGUGGACACAGCUGGAGAAAGUCCACGUCUUCAGCACACAGAUUCCACCAGAGAAGCAACCUGGGAGACUUAAGAUGGGUCUCUUGUAGAAUUUGAUCUUACCACAUUAAGAGGGCCUGGGUUAGGCUUGAGGCCUUUGUUUUGUGUGUUUGGUAUUAGAGCUGAAAUCCACAGCAUGGGCCAUGGGGUGGAGGUGGGGACACAAGGACAGAUGGGACUAGAGCCUGCUGAUACUGAGUUUCCCGUCAGUCUCACCUGUUCUGACCUCCCUCUAGUGAAGAGAUACCAGACUCCUGUGCUGUGGGCUAGACACAAAGGGCCUAGAAGCUAAGGGAACUGGGAGCCCAGGUGUGAUCACAGGAGCUGUGACAGCCCAUCAUCAUCAUCAGGUUUAGUCAGCUGUUUCACUGAUAGGACUAAGAGACCCAAUCAGAACAAUUAUAGAAGAGAAAAGCUUAUUUGAGAGCUCAUGGUUUCAGAGAUCUUGGUCCAUAGAAGGUAGGCUCCAUGCCUUGGGGCUCGAGGUGACGCAGAACAUCAUGGCGCAAGAGCAUGGCAGAGGGAAGCAGCUCACAAGAUGAUCAGGAAGCACUCACCAGAUAUAAAAUACAUACACCAAAGCCAGGCCUCCAAUGCCUUCCUCCAACCACCACCCCCACCCCCCGCCUGCAGUUAACCACUCAAGUCAAUCCCAUUGGGUGAUUAAUUCACUGAUUUGGUUACGGCUUUCUCUGACCUUCUUAACAUUGUCUCACACAUGAGCUUUUGCGGGGGACAACUCACAUCCAUACGCUGUCCACCUGAACCUAAAAGAUGGCUGGCUGGUGCCUGAACACUUUGCAUGUGCAGCCCAUGUAGUUGCUCAGCACCCACCCAUGAUUUUCAUGCCACCUCACAUUCAUAUCUUGCAGUUCUUCCACAAGUAAACCCUGCCUCCCUCCCUACCAAGCUUCCUUGAGUAGCUGGGCUGCUUUACCAAGUAGGUGUGACAUCAUCAGUUUUAAUACUGUCUAGUUUUAUGUCUACUUGAACUCAUCUCUACUGACACCUCCUCAACUCUUCAAGAUUUCAUGAAUUGCUUCAGGGAUUCUUUGAACCUGGACAAUAUGUUGCCAUCAGGUGCUACUGUCUGCUUCUAGUUGUGAAAAAAAAAGACUGAGACCUGGUGUAGCUCAAACUCCUUCCCCACUCCCUGGGUUUCUAGCAGCAGGUGUGGACUCAACAGGAAGGAGCUUCACUCUUGGGGAGGUUGGCAGCCAUGUCCAUGUAUAGUCCGGAGUGUGUGGGGCCGAAGGCCACAGUCCAGCACAAGUCGGGGCACUCUGGCCUUAUCAGGCACGGGUAUGGGAAUGUGGUCUCCUAGGACUUCUGUGGGUUAUUGCCACAUCUCUGCAUUCAAGUUCCUUUCCUAGUGGAUGUGUGUGCAUUUUGAGGUGGCAGAUUUCAUCACUGCCUCAGAUGAAAGGAAAGGCCUGACCAUUUGGCCAUGAGCACUCCAGGCCUGGAACCCUUACGCCCCGCCCAGCAGGGGAAUCACAUUGCCUCUGACCACUUGGGCAUGAGUUCAGCAGCCACAUUGUUCUGUCUCCUGAUUGUGAAUCAUCCUGAAAAACGUUUCUUCUAUGCUAGGAAAAUUUUUUUUAAAUGUGGAAUGUGGAUUGAUGUCCAUAAAGAAGGCUUAGGAACCAUGGGUGAUCUGAAGAGUGGGCUGCAUCCUGGCCUGACUAGACAAGUGCAGAACUCUUCCCUGAGAUUUGUGGAGACUUGGUGAGGUCCCAGAAAGCGUGGGAAGUGAGACCCUCACUCUUCAAGGAACGCCAGGGCUCCACGUCACUCUCCCAGCGGCCUCCAGAUGGCAGUGUGGACUCAUCUAACCUAGCCACUCACCUCAGGACUGCAGUCUGCUACCCACACUUCUCUAGAGCUCAAGAGCUGAGUUUCUAGGAGGUGUCACUGGGUCAAACCCAAACUCUCAUUCAUAAUCUAAGAUGGGGACAUUUUUGUGGACACCCUCAUCAAAAUGCAGAGGGCCAAAGAUGAAUCUAGCAUAGCCUGCAUUAAAGGAAUCCUGGGUUCCUGAGAGGUGCAAAGGAAAGAGAGGAAGGAGAAGGGAGAGGAGAGUAGUAAUGGAUUGGAGAGAAAAAAAUCAGCAGGAUUUUAUUUUUGAACCAUAUACUUUCAUAAACAGGAAUGACUGAUCAUAAGAUACAUUAAAAUGAUUUUUCAGGGCUGGGGUUGUGGCUCAGUGGUAGAGCACUUGCACCAUGUGUGAGGCACUGGAUUCAAUUCCUAGCACCACAUUAAAAAAAUAAAAAUAUUGUGUCCAUCUAUAAUUUAAAAUAUUUUUAAAAUGUUAUUUCCAGCCAACUGACUAGUGGAAGAACAGAGAUAAAGACUCAGUAUUUGUUUCAUUCUCAUUUUCACUCUUGGUUUUGUUUUGUUCUACCAUGUUCUUUUAAUAUCUAGAACUUCGAUAAAAUCCUGUCAGAUGAAACCCUAUGCUAAGAUGAUAGGAGGGCCCAUGUCUAUAAAAGUGCCCUGAGAUUUCUCGGUUGAGCAGUUUGUCUGCGUGGUAUACUAGAAAGCACUCACACCCUCAAGGAGCAGAAUCUGACCAGCCAGGAAAUAUGUUCCAGGGGACAGGCUGGUGUCCUAUGUGGCAUGCAACUUCAGGAAAGUACAAGAAAGGUCUUUUUUUCCUCAUGUAGAACUUAUGCCUUUGGCUUCCUGGGGUUGGGCAAUGCUGCCCUGAUUUGCCACUGCAUACUUAAACAGUGACAUGGACAUCACCGGUGCUUUUGCUAUUUUUUGCUCAGAGAAGUCAAGUACAAGGUGAAUCUGCCAUAUAUGGAGUAAAAGGGAAGUAUAGUAAUCAUAACUACUAAACCAGACGCUGAAUAUGGGGUUGAUCAUAUAUGUGAUACCAUGUCCUAAGUAGAGGCCAAAUGUGACUGUGUGUGUGACACCAUCUCCUGAACCAGAGUUUGGAUGCAUGGUCAACCACGUGUGUGUGACACCAUCUUCUGGACCAGAGUUGAGUUGUUGGCUGAUCAAACAUUUGAACCUAAAACUCUGAAACGCCAACCCUUGUGGUAUAUUUAUUCAAGAGUCCUCAUUUAAUUUAGUUUUUAUUUUAAUAUUAUCAUUAUCUUAAUAGCUAUAGCUGAAGACUGUUUUCUUUUUCUGUCCUGACUUUUAUUUUAGCAGCUUUUGUUAGCUUCUUAGAUUUGACUGUGGAGCAUCUCUGAGGCACCUGGAAAGGGAAGAGGCUACUACUUUGUCAUAUGGUUAGACCAUUUUCCUCUUUAAAGACAUCAAGAGCAGGGGGAGGGGGAUGAGGAUAGAAAGUACAUUCCUUGCCUGUAUGGUUUUGUUAAAAUGAAUCCGGUUAAAUGCUCUAAUUUUUAAAAAUGUGAAGAACACGCCUCUAUAAAAUCUAAAUGCUGUCCAGCUUCCACGGAAGUCAUGCUGUGGACUGCACCAGCCUGUUCCCAGCGUGGCCUGGAAGUGCUGCUUGCAGAUUCUCUGGCCCUUCUCAGGCUUGCGGAAUGAGACCUGCCAACAUCUCACUCCGGUUUUGAAGCCUCAGGAAGUUGUGCCACCCUUGUGAACCCUUCAGAGAAGAGUUCUUAGAAGCUGCCUGCAGCAGCUCCUCCAGGUCAGCGCCCUGAGGGGCCAGUGCAGAACAGAGGAAGGAUCAGAGAAGGAGGCGACUGGAGGCUCUGAAAGGGCAGGACAUGAAGCUGGCUGGCCUUGCUGUGCUAUGAGAACAUUAGGUACUGAGAUGUGCUUUUCCAGGAAACCAGAAUGUGCUCAUUUCUGAUGUUCAGUUGGAAAUAGGAGCAGGGUGUAUUCAGACACUUCCCAAAUUCUGGGGACACACCAGUUAGAGAUUAAAUCCUGAUUUCUGGAGGUAGACAGCAGUCAAGCACACCAGAGUACCCCUGGGCCUGGGGAGAGUUGUGAGGUGCAUAGAGCAGGUAUGUUUCUUCUGUGGGCCAUCUCCAUGGCUGCAAGACCCGAGUGGCGCCCCACAGCCAGAGUGUGGUCGAGGUCUUGGGCAGCUCUGUGUAGGGCAGCCGGAGAUAGCAGCAGAGGAAGCAGACCCCUCCCACUUCACUUCAAGCUUGUCUCACUGCAUGGGAAGUCAGGUGAGCAGCAGGGUGAAUGUUCAAUGAUGUAGGCUAGACGUGACAACCACCAGGGUGUGGGGAGCAGAGGGCCCCUGGGAUGGCAAGGGCCUGGGGCACCUUCCUGCAGGUGGGCAGCAGUGAGGCCUGCACUGUCUGCCCAUGACCAUGCCAGUGCUGCUGUGGGUGCUCCAAGCAGGAGGGAAUCACUGCGCCCGCUCUGCCUCACAGGCCUGUCUGGCUCCUUGGUGCACAGGCUUGGGACACCGCUUCACAGAGUCCUUGCUGCUGGGUGAUAUGAGUACAUCUAUAAAACAAAUGCCUGUCACAGAGCAGUGUCUGCUAACAUUCCCCAAGGACCAACAGUGGAAAUGGUGAAGAGAGGUCUGUGAGCUAGCACUCCCGGAAGGCAGCUGGAACACCCACAGCAAUGUAGCACGAGGGCAGGGUACAGCGAGGAGAUCCAUAGAAGGCCAGCCCUUCACAGGGAUGCAAGGUUUUUUUUUUUAAGAGAGAGAGAAAGAGAAUUUUUUAUUAUUUAUUUUUUAGUUGGCGGACACAACAUCUUUGUUUGUAUGUGGUGCUGAGGAUCGAACCCGGGCCGCACGCAUGCCAGGCGAGCGCGCUACCGCUUGAACCACAUCCCCAGCCCAGGGAUGCAGGUUUUGAAAGUGAAUCUAGUAAUGCAGACGAGCAUCCUAAUCAAUAACGUGGUGUGGCCUGAUAUGAGUGGUUUUCCUUAUUUUAUAGGCCUCAUGUGAUAGAGUUUUAUCAUUUUUUAGAUUUUAGGACAAAACCAUAGAUAUAGAAUUCUACAUUUAAUAACUCAAACUUUUGUAUGAUUCUAAAAGUAUGAGCCAAAUUUCAUGAAAUUUUCUUUUGAUUGUGCCUGCAGUCUAGCAAUCAAUGAAAAAAUGUAACUGGUAGCUUGGUUGGAGUUGAUAUGAAGUCAUUUACAGGAUCAGCUCCUUCCUUUUAGCCCCGAGUCACCAUCGGCACUUCAUCUGAUCAUCUGACUGGUACUGACCUCCUGGCUGCUGCCAGGAGGCUGUUUACUUGCCUCUGAGCUGCACAGGGUGGGCACAGGCAUGGCUUGGGGAUGAUGAGAGUGGUCUCUUGGUGCAGAAGACACCACAGCUGCAUGCCUCACAAGGAUAGCCCCAGGCUUCUCAGACAGACUUGAUCGGUCGCCUAGAGAAAACCACAGAGAAUGGACUUCUCAGAUUUUGUGAAGCUGAAGAGGAGUUUUAACCUACAGCGCACAUUGCACAGCUCUAAUGAAGCAGAUGAUACCCGUGGGCGUGGAACUCUGUCAGAAAACAGAGCUGGCAAAAAAAAAACCGCAAAUGGAAACAGCUGCUGCCUUCUUCACUCCACUGGAGACGGUGAGGCCAUGCAGCCCCUCACAGAGGGGUGCUGGCUUCACAGCCUGAAGGGGUUGUCACCAACUCAUGUGUCACAUGUUGGUGUGGGUUUGGGACAGACCUCCUUUCUUAAGUGUGCCUUGUCCCGUGUCCCUCAUCAAUCUGGUGGAAAGUAGAUCUGGAGCGUGAGUGGCUUCUUCAGUAGCUUGAGGUUCCAGUCCACCACUUGUCUAUAUGGGCAAGGGUCCGCCACGUGUCCUCCUAAGCAAGGGGACAAGAGGGCACCAUCUCCCCUUCAUUUAAGGUGCCCGAUAUGCCUGACGGAGACAAGCCACUGUCAUCUUGAAUUCCUCAUCACUCCAUUCCUUCACUCUCGUGUUUCACCAUGAAGCAUGCUGCAUGCACACAAACGAAGCUGAGAGGCCAGCACAAGGGCCCCUGUGUGCCCCUUGCCCUAACAGUAACUACCCACAGCCACCUUGCAGUGUUCCCCAACCUACUACCUCCCCACAGACUAUUUUGAAGCAAAUCUCCAAAUUCUGUAAUUCCAUCUGCAAGUAUUUUAGUGCCUCUAAAAGACACUGAUCGUAUUUUAAUGAAAUCACAGUAUCAUAAUCCUAAUUAACCACAGGAGUAACUCUUAACUCCUAAACAUCAAAUAUCCAGUCCAUGUUAAAAUCUUGUCUUAACUAUC